AUGUGCAUAAUGGCACAUCAAUUACUUUUGGUUGCAUUGGCAUGCUUUGCUGGUCUGGCCGCAGCCCAGACCUACCAGGCGUAUCCUACCCACCUGUACCCAUUGGAACACCGAGCCUACUCUGCCUACAGGGGAAUCAGACCUAUUGCAGAACUACCUUCAACCGGCGCUUAUGAAUUGCAAGUUGUACCUGCCAGUACCGUAGCAGAAUACGAUAUCGGCACAGAUUUGUCCAUCUGGGAUUAUAUCCCAAACCCAAUUACUGCCCUGUCGUGCGUAGCUUCCAAGGCCCUGUCUGUAGCUAAAUGGACCUUGGCUAAGGCCCCGUUGAUUAUUCUGGGGAUGGCGCUUGUAAUCGGGUUCUGUGCAUUCACCCCCUACUGCACCCUCGUCAUUGAAAAACCUUUCGCCAGAGAAAUCAGGUCUCUCAACAUUCCCUACCUGGAUGACGUUGAACACUACGUCAAGGAGGCUUACCAGAAGUAUAGAGCGAUGCAGGACUAA